GCUCCGCCCCCCGCGCCGUCUGACAGGAUCGGGAGCGCGCAUCCCAGACAGACACGGACUGACCGGAGUCCGGACACAGUCUUUGUGACUGAUGCCAUAAAAGGUCACCAAGGGUAGCGGCCUGCGUUGCUGUUGACUUGCCGAAUCAGCCAGCACAGGGGAAGCCUGAAGCCCAGCUCGUUUGAUGAUUGGCAGCCUGUCUGUGUAUCUUUACUGAUCUUGUAAUCAGAGGGGCUUUUGAGACCUUCCUCCAGGUGAUUGACAUCAUGUCAGUGUUCUGCCUGAAUCCCAAUUAUUGCCUCAACUUCUAAAGAACAACCUAAACCUUUCACUUGCAUUUUGUGAGGACGACAAACCAAAGACAUCCACAAAUGAAUAACCGCAAAGAAGACAUGGAAAUCCCGUCCCACUACCGACACCUCCUGCAGGAAUUAAACGAGCAGAGGCAGCACGGGAUCCUAUGUGACGUGUGCAUCGUGGUGGAGGGUAAAAUAUUCAAGGCGCACAAAAAUGUCCUCCUUGGCAGCAGCCGGUACUUCAAGACCCUCUACUGCCAGGUACAGAAAUCGUCCGACCAAACCACCGUCACGCAGCUGGACAUAGUCACGGCCCAAGGCUUCAAGGCAAUCAUCGACUUUAUGUAUUCUGCCCAUCUUGCACUGACCAGUAAGAAUGUCAUUGAGGUAAUGUCUGCGGCCAGCUACCUUCAAAUGACCGACAUCGUCCAGGCCUGCCACAGCUUUAUCAAGGCUGCUCUGGAAAUCAGCAUUAAGUCUGAGACUUCAGACGAACUUGCAGACUAUGAAAUGGGAGCCCCGUCCAGCAGUGCUGAGGCUCUCCUCUCUGCUGUGGUGGCUGGGCGCAGCAUCUCUCCUUGGCUUGCCAGGAGGACGAGUCCUGCCAAUUCUUCAGGUGACUCUGCCAUUGCCAGUUGUCAUGAGGGGGGUAGUAGUUAUGGCAAAGAGGACACAGAGCAGAAGGGGGACAGCCAAGAUGAAGUGUCCUCAAUUUGGGCGGGCGAUGUGUGCUAUGGAUCAAUGCGCAUCAAAGAGGAGCAGGACUCCCCAUCUCAUUACAUGGGAGGCGCCAAGGGUGACCCCGGCUCUUCGUAUGCAGAGCAGGGUGAGGCCUGGUCGCACUCAGGGAGAAGGAAGAACAGAAAGAACAAAGAGACUGUUAGGCAUAUCACUCAACAGAUGGUGGAAAGCUGCAGGACAGGCUCACCGGAACCAGCCUAUAUAUCAAGUACGCAGUGGCAGUACAGCACCCAGGACAACUCCGGUGAUGAUGUAACGGUGAUCGAGCCAGGCAGUUCUGACAGUCGGGAGGAGCGGGUAGACCUGUAUUCACAAGGCGAGGAGUCUUUACAGGGUGGUGAGGCCACUUACAUGACUCAUACUCUUGGGCUGGAGAAAGAUGAUACCCACCAGCAAAUCACCAGUGUAACCAACCUGCGGAGUGCCCUGCUGAGUAAGAACAGCUUACUCUCCUUAAAAGCCGAUGUCCUUGGAGAGGAAAGUUCUCUUCUGUUUGAAUACCUGCCCAAAGGUACCCACUCACUCUCUCUGAACGAGUUCACCGUAAUCCGGAAGAAAUUUAAGUGCCCGUAUUGCAGUUUCUCUGCCAUGCACCAAUGCAUCUUAAAGCGACACAUGAGAUCCCACACUGGAGAGAGGCCAUACCCCUGCGAGAUCUGUGGCAAGAAGUUCACACGUAGAGAGCACAUGAAAAGGCACACACUGGUGCACAGUAAAGACAAGAAGUACGUAUGUAAGGUCUGUAACCGCGUGUUCAUGUCGGCCGCAAGUGUGGGCAUCAAACAUGGCUCUCGUAGGCACGGGGUGUGCAUGGACUGUGCAGGCAGAGGAGUUGGUCAUGUCGGUGUGGGGCACUCACCAGAUGCAAUGUACUCAGGAGAGGGUCACUACCUGGAGGAUGUAGAUGAGCUGAAAGUGGACGAAGAAAUGGGUGGGGAAGAGGAAGAUGAUCUUAAAUGGAAGGACGAAGCAGAAACGUCACAGGAUGAUGUCAUACUAGAGGAUGAUGAAAUUGUGGACUGCACUCCUGAUGUCAGUGGGGGUCGAAUUAAGGAGUUUACUUGGAUAUCUUAGGAAGGUUGGGCUUACCUUGAAAUUGACUGUGCUUGGGGUGGGGGGAUGGGAGAAUUUUACCUGUCAGUAAAUACAAUCUCUGGUGGAACCUGACUAUCUGCUGUGGUUGUUUCCUGGAACCCGGAACCCCAAUUUUUGUAAGGCUGUGUGUGCAUCACUCUUGCAGAAGCAGCUUAUUUGACUUUUUUUCCCAUCUCUGUGGCAGUGAAGAGGAUCGUACUUUAGUUGAACCGAUAAUAACCACACCUGCUGUGGUAGAAAGAUAGGGUAUUGGUUUGCCCUUCUGCAAUUGUGUGUAGUAACAAGUGUUGAGUUAAAGGUACAGGCCACCAAAUUCUCUCAUAACUGCGUAAGGGUCCCCUACUUGUUGUCUUUAGAUUAUGUGAGCCCUGCAAGGCUCCUCAUCACACUGACCCUAAUCUAGCCAUUUGAUUACUUUACCAUCCAAAUGCCAUCUUUAUGUUAUUUUAAGCAAAACUAUUUUACAACGCAGAGUUUUCUAGUAUUUUUAAUCCAUCUUGAGGAACCUGUAAUAACUCCAGUCCUUUUGUGUUCCCCCACAAUGCCUUUCUCCUGUGUAUUUUGGGCAUCCAUGUGUGAUAAGCUAAGCUUGGCAGAAAACAUUCCAUGGGGGGGGGGGGGGGGGGGGGUGGAUUCUGUGUACAGCGCAAAACCUCUCUUACCUACAGAGAUUCUGUCCUGCUGAACCUUUCUUUCACUCACUGUAGGACCAACCUUGACAGAAUUCAUACCCUCCAUUUUACGCAGCAACAAUUUAAAAUGUAUCCUAAUACACACUGUGUGCAUUAUGGCCAUAAAGCUAAUCUUGUGUGAACGGACUACCUAAUUGGUACUGAUUGGCAGAAAGGAUGGGAAUCGACAGCACGGGUUCCGUGCUGGUAAUAUAGGUUGGUGAAGUCUGAACAGAACUAAUUAAUUUUAGUUCUCAGUCUACUCUUAGUUAUUUGUGUAUUAAGAUCAGCUUCCCCAGUCAGCUGGGCACGUGUGGCUCUGAGAAUGGAAUCCCGUCCCCUUUAAUUGGAUAAUUAUUACAUUUCUAAGUCCCAGGUCCAUGCAGCUGGCAGACCCAGCACAGCAGAUUAUAUGCUAUUUAUACAAAAGAAAAGGGGGGCAGGAAGAUCUGAUAGAUUAAACAUUUAACCCUCUGUUGGCCAGAGGGACUAAAAGGAUUAUGACUGGAGAAAGCACACUGCUAUGGCAGGGCGGUGUCAUCUUUUCGGUUUCCUAUCCCCUUUUGCACAGUUUUCGGUCGGCAAGCACUCCUCCCCACACCUUUCAAAUCCAGGCCUGAGGGAUGAUCAGUGGUUAAAGGGAGACUAGAUUUAAGAGGGAGGGGGAAUAAGCUAUGCAUUGCUGACCUGGCAGCUUAACCCUUUUCAUGCCGUAGAACAUAACCACAAAAUGGGUUCAAAUGGCUUCGAUCUGGAACCAAAACUUCAUAUUACUUUGGUGUUUUGUAUUAAUCACAAAUUCCAAUUCCUGGUAUGCUAUCCCUCCCCUUAUUAUUAUUGUUAUUAUUAUUAUUAGAAAAUUAAAAAGUACAUAUAUAAUUUAUAUAUAUAUAAUAUAAAUAUAUCAUUUCAUUAUAAAAUGCAAAAACUGGAAUUUUUUGCAAUUUUCCGACAGACUCAGAUCGUACUCUAAACCAUGACACUGAUUUCACACGUGUCUUGGAAUUUUUAGGCUAUUAUUUUAAAGGAAGUUUAUUUACUACCCGAGUGCUGAGUGUUCGCUUUCAUAUAGAAAUACAUCUAUUAUUUAUUCAUUUUUUUUUUUUUUUUUCUCAACACAUUUCCAGAUAAUGUCAAGAAAAAAAAUAUUGCAAGAUGGUGCAACAUUGAUAAAAAAAAAAAAAAUUUUUUUUUUGGAAUAUAUUAUUAUAUAUUGACUUUAAGAAUUACUAUAAACUUGUGUUUGUGAGGAAAAUGUUUUAAUAUUUGGGUAGGUGGGAGGGAGAUCGGAGAACACCACACUAUGUUAAUGCAUUUUUUUUCUUU